AUGGCAUCCCAAAGCCUAGGACGAGCCCGGUACCACGGUCUGGCGCACAAACUCGCGCUCUGCGAGAAAUACGGAUUCGAGGCGAUUGAGCUCUUCUUCGAGGAUCUCGAGGGCGUUGCGGAGGCUCUUCCUGUCUCCCAUCCAGGCCUGCCACCGGGUUCAUCCUUUGCCGAUUCUACCGCCGUCCAAGAAAGACAACUUGCGGCCGCCGAGUACAUCCACGACCUCUGCAUGCAGCACAACUUGGAAAUCCUGUGUCUCCAACCGUUCAUGCACUACGAAGGUCGACUGGACCCGUCGUCGCACGAGGAAGCCAUCCAGCGCCUGCAUUUCUGGGUCAAGCUCGCCCGGCGACUCGGCACCGACCUGAUCCAGAUCCCCUCCAGCUUCCUCUCUCCACCGCAAUGUACAGGCGACCGUGACCGAAUCGUCACGGAUCUACGACAAGUUGCAGAGAUUGGUCUUCAGGGCGAUCCUCCCAUUCGGUUCGCGUACGAAGCUCUCGCUUGGGGGACACACGUCAAUACGUGGGAUGCUGCGUGGUCAAUUGUACGGGAAGUCGACCGACCAAACUUCGGAACCUGCAUCGACACAUUCAAUCUCGCCGGUCGAAUCUUUGCCGAUCCGGCUUCACUGUCGGGCUUGACCCCGACGGCCUGCCAGGAUAUCCAGGAGGCACUUUCAAAGCUGCGAAACGAACUGCCGCGGGCAUUGGACAAGGUGUUUUAUGUCGAGGUGUGUGAUGGCGAGAGACUGGAUGCCCCGUUAAGAGCUGGCCAUGAGUGGUACGAUCCGGAGCAGCCGGCGCGAAUGUCCUGGUCACGAAAUGCUAGGUUAUUUCCUUUCGAACCACAAGGAUACCUUCCCGCCCUGCAGAUUUUGGAAGCUGUGUGCCACGCCGGCUAUACAGGGCACGUCUCGUUCGAAUUGUUCUCUCGGACGGCAAAUCAACCGGGCGAGGAGGUCCCAGAGCAACAUGCCCAGAGAGGAGCCGUGGCAUGGAAGAAGUUGGUAGAGUACAUGGGCUGGAGCAACAAGCAGCAGACUGGCACAAGCCCAGAACUGCUCGCUGAGCGUCGGUAA